AAAAACAACCACCACGUGGCCGUGGCGCGCUGUCGCUGUCUCUCUUAACUCCCCAAACGCCAAGCCCCCCACCCCAAAGCCAACCUUUUCCAUUCCCAACCCCACCUCCCCCUCUCUUCAAAGGAAAGCAUCAAGUUGGCGGCAGUUUGAGAAGAAACGCUGAACACAUCAGAUUACCGCAUUAAGUGCAGGUGUGUGUGUGUGUGGUUAGUGUUUGUGUAAUUAUGAGACGGAGAAACGACCUGUGGAGACCAAACGCAAAAGCCCCCGUAUAAAAAAAACAUGGUCACCAAAUAAAAAACUGAUAAAGCCACCGAAAAGUUGAACCUUCCUCCCGACAAAUCUAAAUCCCGGCCAUAACCGAGCUCGAAAAUAACAAAAAUAACUGCGUAAACAAGUUGGUGCCUGCAGCAAAUGAAAAUAAAAAAAACUAAAAAUAUGUGAAAAAAGAAAUAAAGAAAAAGACUCAAGUCGGAUGCAGCCGCCAACAUCGUUAAUGAAGUCGAGUAAAACAGAUCACAGUUGCAGUUGCAGUUUGAGAGAGAGAGAUAAAACGUUUGAGAGAGAGAUAUAAAGAUACAGAUAUUUGAGGACACCCACUAAGAGCGGGAAAAAGUGCACCAAGUGCAGCAGGAAAAUCCAAUACAGCAGCAGCUGAAAUUGUACUUGUACACAUAGAGAAAGGAAUUUAAGCAAAAGGGCAACCAGAUACAGAUACAGAUACGCCAACGCGAUCAAGCGGCGUUGUGUUGGUGACCGGCUGAGGGAGCGAGCGAGUGAAUGAGUGAGUAAGUGACUGAGCGAGUGAGUAUCCGCGGCAGGCGGCAUUUACUUGGCACCGAGCCGCACGAUCGCGACAGUCGCGUCUCAGCACUCGACAGCAGCAGCAGCAGUAGCAACGCAGCAGCAACAGCUCCAGUCCGGACUCCAACAGCUCCUCCGCCACCGCUACAGCCCAACUCUCAUCAGCCAGCAUGAAUCCAGCUUCUCAACUGCUGCGUCUGCGCAGCGCCACCGCACUGGGCAUGCGUGUGCCCCGCUCAAGCCGCUCCAUCACGACCAAUCGCCGGGAGCGGACCACAGCCAGUGCCCAGCGGGAGCGAACGCAGGGCGUCAGCGAGACGGACAAGUUCCUACACUUUAGUCCCGAGGAUGGCUACUACAAGACCUCACCCUUUGACCCCGUCGUUGUGCCGAAUGUGCCGCUGCACGAGUACGUCUGGCGCGACUUUAAGAAGUGGGAGAGCCGUACAGCCGCGGUGUGUGUGAUCACCGAUCGGCAGUAUACCUUCGCCCAGAUGCGCGAUGCCAGUGCCGCCUUUGCCGUGCGCCUGCAGACCCAAUUCAAGCUCCACAAGCCCGAUGUCCUGGCCAUCUGUCUGCCCAAUCUGCCGGAGUACCCCAUUGCCACGCUGGGUGCCAUCGAGGCGGGCCUCACGGUGACCACCGUGAACCCUAUCUACACGCCGGACGAGAUCGCCCGCCAGCUGACAUUCAGCGGGGCCAAGUUCCUGGUGGGCACAGUCGCCGGCUUUCCGACCCUUAGCCAGGCCUGCAAGCUGGCCGGUAAACAGCUGCCCAUUGUGGUGGUGAGGACCAGCAAGGAGGAUGCCCUGCCCGAGGGCGCCAUCGAUUUCAGCGAACUGACCAGCACGCAGAAUAUACGUUACGAUGACCUGCAGGCCCCCAAAGACGCCACCGCCAACGAUCUGGUCUUUCUGCCCUUCUCCUCGGGCACCACCGGCCUGCCCAAGGGCGUGAUGCUGUCGCACAACAACAUCACCAGCAACUGUGAGCAGGUGCAGGUUUCGCUGCCUCUGGAUCUCACCGGUCCCCAGGAGACCCUGCCCGCCGUCUUGCCCUUCUUCCACAUCUACGGCCUCACCGUGGUGAUGCUCUCCAAGCUGGGCCAGGGCUGUCGGCUGGCCACCAUGCCCUGCUUCAAGCCGGAUGACUUUAUGCGCUCCCUGGACCAGUACAAGGGCAGCAUCCUCAAUCUGGUGCCGCCAAUUGCCCUCUUCAUGAUCAAUCACCCCAAGAUGACGCAGGAGACGGCGCCCUAUCUGAAGAUAGUGAUGAGCGGAGCAGCCCCCAUUGGCCAGCACGAUGUGGAGCGUUUCUUGAAGAAAUUCCCCAAGACGUCCUUUAAGCAGGGCUACGGAAUGACCGAAUCCUCGCCUGUGGCUCUCCUAACGCCCGAUGGCAACACGCGCUACGCUUCCACCGGAGUUUUGCCCGCUUGCACGGAAGCCAAAAUCGUGCCCUUGGAUGGCAAUGAUACCAAGGGCGUGGGCCCUAAAAUCACUGGAGAGCUGUGCAUCCGUGGUCCACAGGUUAUGGCCGGUUAUUUGAACAAUGAGGAGGCCAACCAGGUUACCUUCCAUCCGGGCAACUGGUUGCGCAGCGGUGACGUGGCAUUCUACGACGAGGAUGGCCUCUUCUAUAUCACCGAUCGCAUGAAGGAGCUGAUCAAGGUGAAGGGAUUCCAGGUGCCGCCGGCCGAGCUGGAGGCGGUGCUGCGCGAUCAUCCCAAGAUCCUGGAGGCGGCCGUCUUUAGCAUUCCCCACGAACUGAACGGCGAGGCGCCGCGCGCCAUUGUGGUGCUACGGCAGGGCCAGGAGGCCACCGCCGAGGAGAUUGCCGCCUAUGUAGCUGAGCGUGUGGCGCACUACAAGCGACUCGAGGGCGGCGUUAUCUUUGUGGACGAGGUGCCCAAGAAUCCCACCGGUAAGAUCCUGCGCCGCGAGCUCAAGCUCAAGUUCUCCGACUGAGCCUAAGAUUAAUGCCUCCUUAGGAUAUAUUCCGUGUGAUUUCUGUUCGUUUCCCUUUGUUUUUAUCUUUUUUUUUUUGUAAUUGUUCGUCUCAAUUGGCGGCAGGGCAGGAAUCUCUGCUCGGAGGCCACAGAAACCCCGUGUAUGUAUAUGAUAUGACCAUCAAUGUUGGUCCUGGAAGCGGGGCCGGUUCACACAUUGCAUUUACCACAUUGAAAAUAUUUAGUUCGUAGGCGUAGAGAUAGGUCUCGAUUAGUCACUUGAUUGGUCCAUAGUUGGUAAGCGUAGCUUAGGCAGCAGUUAGCCGUUAGACCGAUGUUAGCCAUAUAAUAGACCCCAUAUACACCCCAUGGAUACUGGAUACCAUAUCCCCCGACAUGCGUAUGACCCUCGAUUAAUACUUAAUGAUAUUUAACAGGUUGACGAUAUUACCAUAUAACAAUUAUAUAUAUUAUUUUUUUGUCUAGUACCCUAAGCUAUAUCUGUUGGUUAAUCGUAUUGUAAAGCGGCGGUAUGUCAUGUCUACAUAUAUAUAUUUACUAUACUAUUUACAUAUGUCAUGUACGCCACGAUGUUUGAGAAUAAAGACAAAAAAGGAACUAUA